AUGUCUUUCGGAGAUCCUAAGUUGGCGUCCAACACUAUCGAGAAGAUCUCCGAUACGAAUGGCGAGCCUGUCGAGCUGAGAACCAUCACCGGCAGCACCGGUUUCAAUGAAGCUCUCAUCAAAGAGCCCGUCAGUCUGGCCAACGCAACUACUAUCAAGCUGAUGCUGUGCCUCCUGUUGGGAUGCUUUUGUCAGACCAUGAACGGCUACGACGGCUCGCUCUUCGGUGGCCUUACGUCGAACAAGACCUUCCUCUCCUUCUUCCACGGUACCAACAACGGCGAAUGGGCAGCGUUCAACUCCGCCAUGUACCAAAUCGGUGGCGUGUGUGCUCUGCCAUUCGUUGGUCCGCUCGUUGACACUUGGGGUCGAAAGGUGGGCAUGUCUAUUGGCGCCUGGUUGAUCAUCCUUGGCACCAUCAUCAACGGCACGACCCUCUACGAUGCCGAUGUCGGUCAGCUCAAAGGUGGUCGCUUCCUUCUAGGCUUCGGCGUAUCGAUCGUCUCGGCGGCCGGUCCUAUCUACGUUGUCGAGACCGCCCAUCCCGCUUGGCGCGGUGUGCUCACAGCCUAUUGCAAUACUUUCUGGUUUACCGGCUCCAUCCUCGCCAGUGGUGCUGUACGCGGUGGCUUAAACCUGGUUGGAAAUAUGUCGUGGCAGAUCCCCGUCUGGCUUCAGAUGGUCUUCCCCGGUAUCAUUGCGCUGUUCGUUUGGCUCAUUCCCGAAAGUCCAAGAUGGCUCUUUGUCCACAACAAGCGGGAAGCCGCAAAGGAUACCUUGAUUAAGUGGCAUGGACAGGGCAACGUAGACUCUGCCUGGGUCAGGUUGCAGCUUGCGGAGUACGAAGAGUUUCUCAACACAGAUGGCGCGGACAAACGCUUCUGGGACUACCGUGCGCUUUUCCGGAACCGUGCGAGCCGCUACCGCAUCGCAUGCAACGUCAUCUUCUCCAUUUUCGCGCAGUGGGCUGGCAAUGGUGUUUUGACUUACUUCCUGCCGGCAGUGCUCACCGUCGCUGGUUAUUCCGACAGCAUUACCCAGGCCAACAUCAACUUGGCCUAUGCUUGCUUCCAAUUCUUCUUCGCUCUGGUCGGUGCAGCCUUCGUGGAGAGGCUGGGACGACGGAAGCUCAUGCUGUUCAGCAUGGGAGCAUGUUGUCUGGUCUGGGUCGGCAUGACGGUGGCUUCCGGCCUGUUUGCUCAAUCUGACCAGACGAACUCCUCCGCUGCAAAAGCAACGGUCGCUAUGAUCUUCAUCUUCGGCGCCUGCUUCUCAAUUGGCAUUACCCCUCUCCAGGCGCUGUACCCUGUGGAGGUCCUGUCAUUCGAGAUGCGUGCCAAGGGCAUGGCCUUCAGCAGUCUGGCAGUCAACGCGGGUGGUCUUCUCAACCAGUUUGCUUGGCCGAUCUCUCUCGCUCGCAUUGGAUGGCACACUUACAUUAUUUUCAUCGUUUGGGACGCCAUACAAUGGCUAGUGUUUUAUUUCAUCAUGCCGGAGACGCGCCGACGUACACUUGAAGAGCUGGACGAGAUCUUCAACUCUAAGCGCCCGGUGAAGACAUCCCUAGUGCCUCGGAAGGUGGAAGUCGACACUGCAGGUUCGAUUAUUGCGGCAGAGCCAUUGGAGGCGAAGGUCUGA